AGUCAUUUCUAGACACCGACAAAUUGGGAAAUAACGUGUGCGGUAUCGACGAUCAACCUUGUAUACCGGUAUGAACGGGGAAAAAGAAAUAAGUCGAGAGCGGCAUUGAGAUGAAGUCAUCAAAUUGCCUAGACGGAAAAAGUCGGCUCCUCUUCGUUGACCUCUGCCUUGGGAGAGGGGGCUAAUUAAGAGUAUGGAGAAGAGCGGACAAGACUUAAAUGAAUAACAUCUAGAGCGUCAGUCACGCGGAGUAGAUCGCGCCCGUUGUUGCCUGGCGUCGUAGUCUUCAUUUGAUUGGCCCCGGGGAGUGUGGUCGAUUGGCGCCGUCGUUAUCACGCUAUAUUGGCAAUCACAUUUGGGUCAUCGUUUUACUACUUUUUACUAUUCUUUCUUUACAUUGACAAAUCCCCGUGACAACAACAAAUCCCCCCCCCCCCCCCGGCGUCAGCGUGAUAUUUAAAAAAGGUUGAAAACAAUUGGGAGGACGAACCGAUUGUUCAAACUUAUUUCGGAGCUGGUCCCGAGCUGAUCGUGUUUUUUUUUCUUCUUUCCUUUCCUUAAAUGGGCUUCCAUUUGAGUUAUAUGAGGGUGGUGGUUAAACGAGUUCUACUUAAUUCCCAGCGUUAGAAAUUCACGUCCCUCUUUAUUUUUUACCGAGUCUUUUUUUAAAUUUUAUUUGUCUUAAAAAAAGCCUUAAGAAUCGAAACAAAAAAGGCCAACUAACCACAAAACAAUGGCUGCAACCGUACAAGUGGCAGAAAAACCCAAGGAGAAGGAUUUGGAGUUGGCGGCUCGGAUUGGCCAAGGACUUUUGACGAGGAACAAGGCGCUAGAAGAGCGCUUGAUUGCUGUCGAAGGAGAACUGCACAGUGCCCAUGAUACAGUCACCCAGUUACGGCACGAUCUCCUCCUCAAGGGCGAGCUUUUGCAGAUAUACUCCAACGAUUUCGACGACAGCAGUCCGGAGGGCGCAGUGCGGGCUUUUACAACUGACUUACUUCAACGCAAAGUCAAAGGGCUGGAAGAUGACAACCGUAAGUUGCGGGCUGAAGCCUCCCAGCUGGCCAACGAGUCGUCAGAGACGGAACUGCGCGAAGAACAACUGCUGCACCAAGUCGUCGCUCAGCUAGCUGAAGCCAAUAACCACAUCAAGAAUCUGGAUGAGGAGCUAGCCAACAAGUACGAUGAAGCGGGCAAACAUCGCGAGGAGAUCACCAGCUUGCUCGGUCAGCUGGUCAGCCAACGGCACAAAAUUCGUGAGCUGACGUUGGAGAACGAAGACUUGACGAUGCAAUUGCACGUGGUUCGAGAUUGCCAGACUGAAUUGGUGGCGGAGCUGUCAGAGUACAAAGACAAAUACGCUGAGAUCCUAGAACUUCUCCACGAGACCCAGGAGCAAGUGAAGGAGCAAAACAAACGGAGUCUUCCGACUUCUCGCGGUUUGGCAGGUGCAUCUGCCCCACCCAGCAGGGCAAAUUCCAACUUCCAUCCGGAUUCUUUAGCCUCGGAGCUGGAGCUCUCUUCCCUAGGCUCUGAGAGUUGGCCAUCGGAAAUUUCUACACCGCAAACCUAUCCCCGGUUCCAGUACCAGCGCGUUUUCGAUACAGUCCGAUGCGCAUCACUAGCCGUGGAGUCCAGCAUACCGCUGGCAUCGACACCGACGACUGAUGGUCCUCGGCUCAAGACACCUCGGCUUGUGGUCAACACUUGCACCCCGAUAGCCGAAAUCAGCCCUUCGUUCCAGAAAGCCGAGUCGGUGUUGAAGAAGCUGACGGCAUCGUCGGAAACAGACUAUCCGGCCACUUCCAAGGUGGGCGUGCCAGGAACACCGGGAACAGUUGAUUUGACACACGCUCUGCGUCGCCUGACUCCCAAGACUUCAGCCACUGCUCCGUCUCACGAUGGGCACGGCUGGAGGACGCCGGACAGCAUCAUGUCGACGGGAAGCCGUUCUGGUCUCAGCAGCCUUAAUUCCAUUCAUUACCCAGAAAAGCUCAAGAUCAUUAAACCGAUGGAAGGUUCGAUGACGUUGCAUCAUUGGUCCCGCUUGGCCACUCCACACCUGGGCACGCUGCUAGAAGAGAGGCCCGGGGUGACCACCCGUGAAACGGACUCGAAACAUAUGGCCGGUCAUAACUACCCACGGGAUUUACUAGAAAUGUACAGUCUUUAUGACGUUGAGGAAGACGAGGAAAUGGAGAUGUUGCCUGGUAAAAGUUUCAACUCAUCCGCAUCUGUUUACACGCUGACUAAUUCGACGACGGCGAUUCAUCCCAACAGUUUGACUCACGUCACGUCUUCGAUACCAAGUGCUUACAUGACUUCUUCGAUCGAUUAUCCUAGUCUAGAUCACUCAGUCAAUUCUGUUGGGCCCACGCAAACUGGCAAUCGAUCAGAUCCUGUCUCAAUAUGUUCUACGCAGCGAAGUCUAGCCGAAGCCUUACACGAAAGAGGAGUUGGCCAUUCGAUCACUGGGUGGAGCGGCUUGUCUACACCCAACAACAGUCCGGGCUGUCCGUCGCCAGAUGGGUCAUCCUCAAGGUUUUUUCACGAAACGUGGGGGUUGCUCACGGAAGGAGCCAAAAUGAUAAGGCGAACGCUAACCGGCGAGGAAACGCCCAUGCCUCCCACUCCUCCUCAAGUUCCUCGCAUUGCACGAAAAGAACUCGAGAUGCUCUCCCAAAUGCAUUUGUUGGACAAGUUGGAGAAACUUGGUCUGGAUGACGUUAACCAAUCGUCUACUUUUGUUUCUCCUACGACUUUGAGGGUCGCCUUAGAAAAUUUGACAUAUGCAAACGGUGGCCAUCUUGAUGAUAUAGAUGAGUCACUGACCGUAGAGUCCAACAGUCCCAUGAGGAGAAAUUUGUCAAAUUCGAGCAUGGAGGCCGUUUCCAGUCCCAAGUUGAGCCCAAUGCAUCGAUCGUCAACGUCUUCAUCCGUCGGUCUCAACAUGAUUUGUGAUCUCGGCUCGCCUCCUUCCAGCUUAACAUCUCACCUCGAUAUCCGUGCCAAGUUCCAAGUCGUUUGACAGACGGGGAGAGAGCCGACAAGUGUUUUGUUCUCCCCUCGGCCAGUGAUCAUGACGAAAUGCGAAAGUCGACAGCCGGAUGUCUAAGUUUUGACACUCGGGGGAACAUGUAAUCGCGAGUAAAGGGAUGAGGAAACCGGGUUUCAGGUCUUGUAGAGAAAGAAAGAGAGAGAACCUCUCCUUGUUUUUAUGAGUCGAGUUGGGAAACGAGGAAAAAGUUCCAUUUAAAAAAUGCGCAACAAUCAGAGCUGUUGGUAUUUGUAGUGGGUCACUUUACCAUUUCCUUUUUAGUCAUAAUUAUUUUGUGUUCUAUUUGCACAAGAGGCAGUGAGAGAGAGAAUCGAUAGUGAAAGAGCCGCGUUUAAUCAAAUAUCGGGGGAGGGGGGAAUGACGUUGAUAUCGGUGUUUGGUUACAAAUGACGUGCCAUCCAUUUCGGGCGAGAGAGAAAAAAAUAAUAAUAACCACUUCACUUCUUUUUAAAUUACGUCAAUCGCAACACUUAAAAAAAAACAGUAUACAAAUUUGUCUCCUUUUUGUUUUUUUUCUUCUCCUUGUUGAACUCUGUUGGAAAUUUGAGGAAAUCCGUGGGUCUCGGCUGUGACCGUAGCCAACGAGAUGUGCUGAGAACAUGAGAACUGGGCGGGGUAAGGGUAUCGUCUCGGCCGACGUUUAAAAGGGGGGCAAUUUAGAAAUUGCCCGAAAAGCAGCUCAAAAAAGGUCCUUAAAAACAAGUUUUGGUGCUCGGUUUAUGUCGUUUACGUCAUAACUGUCUAAUAGAACGUCAUUGCGUGUACUGCACGUUUCACCAAAAAUUAACUAAAAAUUCAAUAAAAAUGGAAAGAAAAAAAAAGAAGAAAGAAACGACAAAUGGUUCAGUUGAUGUAUCCGGUCUGCCGGUCAGAUUGCGCUCCCAAUUUGUCGAGUGUCAACACCACCCAACCUGCCGGAAGGAAUGUUUCUGUGAGUUUUCUUUUUGUUUUCCUUUUAUGUUCGUUUUUUGGGUGCAUGCCUCCCCCUUAUCCCCCCAACUUGAUUUUUACACCACCGAAUGAAAUUGAACCGAGAUUGCCAAUCAUCCUUUCAUCGAAUUCAAAAAGUACGUCGUUUCGUCAUAUUUUGUAGCGAGUGCUUAUUUUCUACUUCAUUGAUAUUUGGACGUUUAUUGUCUUGUGAAAUCGUGUUUCAUUUUUUCCCCCCCAUUAAUCUUUUUUUGUGUGUGGUCAGAUGCGUCUUCGUUGUAGAUCUCGCUUCGUCGUGCUGCUAUAAUUUAAAUCAUGGGCGGGGCCAUAAACUGCUAUUCUUAUCAAAUAGUAAUUUAAAUACCUUUUACCCCCAAACUAAUACUGAAUGAUUAAUAUCCCCAUUGUACAUACGGCACCUCGAGCACAGGUUGAUAUAUUUUUUACAUUUCGUUCCCCCUCCCCAUGUUUAUUAACAUACCGGUCUUAUAUGCGUUUGUGUUAUGCUUUAUACACCUCAUAUCCCCUCACCCAUUAUUCGUCCUGCCAUAUUAAACAACAAAUACAAUGAAAUUUUUUGCGAUUUCUUAA